AUGUUGUCUAGCAAGUUCACAAUUAAAAAUGGUGAACUGCUAAGGAAAAGUCCUGAUGAUGACCUUCUUCUUCGUUGCCUCGGCUCCGAAGAUGCCCAGCUAGUAAUGGCUGAAGUUCAUGAGGGUAUUUGCGGAGCACACCAGGCUGGGAUAAAAAUGAGAUGGUUAAUUAGGAGACAUGGCUGCUACUGGCCAACUAUUCUUAAAGACUGUAUUGAGUAUGCUCGAGGCUGUGCUCCAUGCCAACUUCACGGGUCCAUUCAGAGAGUUCCUGCUUUCCCCAUGAAUCCAAUAGUGAAGCCAUGGCCUUUUCAGGGCUGGGUUGAAGCCGUUCCAUUCACCUCCAUAAGUAGUGCCGAGGUGAUCAAAUUCAUUGAGCAAAACAUCAUUCACCGCUUCGGUAUUCCAGAAACUAUAACAACUGACCAAAGAUCGGUAUUCAUAGCUGAAGCCGUCAUCAAACGGAUGGCCGAGUAUAAGAUUGCAAUGCAGCAAUCGACACCCUAUUAUGCUCAGGCUAAUGGACAGGCUGAGGCCACAAACAAGGUCCUCAACCAAAUUGUGGAAAAGAUGAUUCAGGAAAAUCCGCGUGAUUGGUACAAUCUUCUAUCAGAAACUUUAUGGGCUUAUCGGACCUCCAAACGCUCGGCUACAGGGACAACUCCCUUUGCUCUGACUUAUGCACAUGAUGCAAUUUUACCAAUGGAAAUGACAGUCAGAUCAUUGAAAGUCGCAAUGCAAAACAAUCUCACAGCCGACGAAUAUAAUCAGGCAAUGUUGCAAGAACUAGAGGAUCUUGACCAGGCGCGGUUGGAUGCAUAUGAUCGGCUUCAAGCUCAAAAUAAGGCUGUCGCUUGUGCUUACAAUAAAAAGACCAGAUACAAGAGUUUUGGGGAAGGCGAGCUGGUAUGGAAAGCAGUGUUACCCAUCGGCACGAAGGAUCCCAGAUUUGGAAAAUGGUCACCAAAUUGGGAGGGUCAGUUUAUUAUUGACAAAGUUCUCGGCAAAGGAGCAUACUAUUUGUGA